UUUAAAACCAAAUCAAACCCCCAAUGGCCUCUGCUUCACCAUUCACCACAAUACCACCGGUACACCCCCAACGGGCAGACCAGCUACCCUCCGGCGAUUUCAACGGCGAUAGAAUCUAGAGAUUCUCAAGGUUCGGCACCCAUACAAUAAUUAAGUUUUGUUGAGUUAUUUGGUUUUAGAAUGAUAUACACGGCGAUUGACAAUUUCUACUUAACCGAUGAGCAACUAAAGAACUCACCUUCUAGGAAAGAUGGCAUUGAUGAAGCAACUGAAACUACCUUACGAAUCUAUGGCUGUGAUCUCAUCCAAAAAAGUGGCAUCUUGCUUAAACUACCUCAGGUUGUGGCGACCGGGCAGGUUCUAUUCCAUCGUUUCUAUUGCAAGAAAUCGUUUGCCCGCUUCAAUGUUAAGAAAGUUGCUGCGAGUUGCGUGUGGCUUGCAUCAAAGCUCGAGGAAAGCCCAAUGAAAGCAAGACAAGUCCUUAUUGUUUUCCAUAGAAUGGAAUGUAGGAUGGAGAACUCACCUAUAGAGCAUUUGGAGAUCGGUUCGCAGAAGUAUCAUGACCUCAAGACUGACUUGAGCAGAACAGAAAGACAUAUAUUGAAAGAGAUGGGAUUUGUUUGUCAUGUUGAACAUCCUCAUAAAUUCAUAUUUAACUACCUUGCCAUUCUUGAAACACCUCCAGAACUGAGGCAGGAAGUUUGGAAUCUAGCAAAUGAUAGUUUGCGCACAACUUUGUGUGUUCGAUUCAAGAGUGAGGUUGUGGCUUGCGGGGUUGUCUAUGCUGCUGCUCGUCGGUUCCAAGUACCCCUUCCCGAGAAUCCACCAUGGUGGAAGGUAUUUGAUGCAGACAAGUCUGGGAUUGAUGAAGUAUGUAGAGUUCUGGCUGAGCUGUACAGCCUCCCCAAGGCAAAAUAUAUCCCUGUCUUUAAGGAUGGAGACUCUUCUACGUUUUCUAGCCAGUCGAGGGAUUCACAAUCUCAGCCAGUUCUGAAGGAAAUUCCUCAGACUAGCCCUACAGCUAAUAUCAAGUCAGCUUCAGCCACUGUUAACACUGAAUCUGGUGGAUCCGAGGAUGUAUUGGUGAAAGCACCCCUUGACAAGCUGAAGGAUUCUAAGAAAAAUGAUGAUGAAUUAAAGAACAUGUCUGUUGAGGGAGAGGCAAGAGAAGAGCCCCUGCCAAAAUCAAAUUCUGACCACAGAACAGACGCAAGUAGGGAAAGAAACAGGGAGAGAGAGGAGAGGGAAAGGGACAGAGAGAAGGAGGGCAGAAUAAAGGCCCGGGAUCGUGAUAGGAGCAGGGAUUUUGACCGUGUACGUGAUCAAGAGGAAACAGAGAGGGACAAAGAUAGAGUUAGGGAUUGGAGUCACCGUUCCAAGGAUAGAGGAAAAUAUUUAGGACAUUCAGAGAAAUCAAGACAUCCCUCAUCACGAGAUUGGGACUACCACAGUUCCUCUUAUUCUUCAAGGGGGAAGGAUCGCCAUAGACAUCAAUCUUAUACUUAAAUCGUCUCUCUACAGACAAGAACUUUUUUGACUUGAAAUGUACAACCUAAAUUUUGAUGACUGAUCUGUGGGCUAUUCCCAAUGGUUGAUCUUGAUCUUGUACUCAGCCCUCAGUAAUGUGGACAGAAUUCUCUUAUAGUGCUUUGCUCAUCUCCUGGCUACCUGAAAUAGCUUGCUGCGUUAUUGUAUUAUGUUGUAGGAGCUUGCCUAUUCAUAGGACAUGUGGCAACUGGUAGCAGGUACUGCUUAGUAGGUGCUAGCCUUGGGGGGUCUGUCUCUGAAUGCUUUACAUCUGUGAAUCCAUGUUCGAUUGAUAUAUUUGUCAAGUUUACAUACCUAGAAAUACAUGCUGGAUGAUGGACCUUGCAUUGCUGCUAUGUGAACAACUUAAAGUGGCUAUGAACAUCAGACUACAUGAUAAUGUGAAAACUUCCUCAUCCCAUUUUUCCACACCAAUACUACUUGUUUUAGAGAUUUUUUGGGCGGAGUUCUAUUAGUUGUAUAUGCUGAAUGGUGUUUAUAUAAUAGUAAUCAGUAAGAGUUAUGUUAUAGCA